CUAGUAUGGAACUCAAAUAUUAAGCACCACAAUGGAUAGGCUUUGUGUAUGGUUGGUGUUCUCUUUCUGCCUGUUUGCUGCUGCCUCCACUGCCCAACAGUGUGGGAACCAAGCUGACGGCAAAACAUGUUCCAACAACCUUUGCUGUAGCCAGUAUGGUUAUUGUGGCUCUACUGAUGACUAUUGCUCCCCUUCUAAAGGUUGUCAGAGCAAUUGUCAAUCGAGUAGUGGCAGUGGCGGUGGGGAGAGCGCCUCUAAUGUGAGAGCAACGUACCAUUUCUACAACCCAGAGCAGAAUGGGUGGGACUUGAAUGCUGUGAGUGCAUACUGCUCGACAUGGGAUGCCAACAAGCCGUUGGCAUGGCGCAGCAAAUAUGGUUGGACGGCCUUUUGUGGACCGGUCGGACCUCGCGGGCAAGAAUCUUGUGGCAAGUGCCUAAGGGUCACAAACAGCGGAACAAAUGCUCAGGAAACAGUGCGAAUUGUGGAUCAAUGCAGCAAUGGGGGUCUGGAUUUGGAUGCAGGAGUGUUUCAAAAACUAGACACUGAUGGAAAAGGAAAUGCCCAGGGCCACCUUAUCGUGAGCUACCAGUUUGUGGACUGCGGUGAUUAAAGCAGUUCUAUUUUACGUUCCCACGAUUGGGAAAACAUAGUCAGAUUACUAGUUCUGACAAUAAAUAAAUGAAAUUCGACUUCAAUAACUAUAUAAUAAGGAAAAUGGUACAUCAUUGUAUUACAACUUCGAUUUGAGAGAAGGAAAACGAAGCUUAUUUCAAGGAA